UUGCCUGCACUGCACAAAAGGUAACAAGUCAACAAUGUCGAGAAAGGCAUCUUUCUUCUCAGCUCUAGCUCUUCUUUUGAUUAUACAAGAGGUAUAUGUUGCCCCAGUGAUUGAGGAACCAAGCGAGAUUCCAAGCAUUGAGCCAAGCAAAGAACCAAAUGGGGGAGAAAGUGGAGAAGACUCAAAUGUCGUACCAAGCUUAGAACCCUGUGAAGAACCCAGUGAGGAACCUAGUGAGGAGCCCAGUUUACUGUUACCUGAAGAACUAAGUGGAGAAGUGAGUGGGGAAAUCAGUGGGGAAACAGAAACAAGUGCAGAACCAAGUGAGGAACCUAGUGAGGAGCCCAGUGUACUGUUACUUGAAGAACUAAGUGGAGAAGUGAGUGGGGAAAUCAGUGGGGAAACGGAAACAAGUGCAGAACCAAGUGAGGAACCUAGUGUACUGUUACCUGAAGAACUAAGUGAAGAAGUGAGUGAGGAAAUCAGUGGGGAAAUGGAAACAAGUGCAGAAUCAAGUGAGGAACCAACUAUUGAGGCAAGUGAAGAGCCAGAUGAAGAAAUGAGUGGAGGAGAAUCAACCGUGGAACCAAGCAUAGAGCCAAGUGAAGAACCAAACUUUGAACUCAGUUUAGAACCAGGAGACUUUUCCAGUCUACUGCCAAAUGAACAACCAACUGAGGGUGUAAGCAAAGAGCCAGGCACAGAACCAUUCCCAGAACCAUUUCCAGAACUGACCAAGUAAACAGCAAAUAGAGACAUCUGAAUGAAAAAGAAAAUGAAUCCAGAAAGAUGCACUGAUGUCUUCAUUCAAGUCAAAGUCAUCAGGAAGCAGCUUUCCAGUUGAUUGAAAUACAGAAUUAUUUGUAGUGUUAAAGUUAGCAAGUCUUAAAGCUAAUUGGUUGGGUUUCACUGAAACCCAAAAACAAUUGCUCGGGUUUUCUCAUAUAACCUUGUAAUUUAUUAAACUGUGACAUGCCAGACAACUCACAGUUCACUUGUAGCAGUUAUAGGACUUAACGCUACUCUCACAUUCCCCUCCUAUCACAUUCCCACACUCUGUCCAUGAUGGGUUCUCUGUACUGUAUGCACUGUGCCCUCUGCUUU